AGUGAAAAGCGAGUUUCGAUACGGUUGAAUUUUUUGAUUCGUCGCGCGUUUGCCCUGCCCAAGUUAAAGGAAAGUGGUCGAGUUUUGUUCCGGAAGUUCUAGUCCCAGAGUUUCGCCAGCGAUCCGCAGUGAAAUUCGGCAGAUUUGUUAUUUUGUUAUUGUUACUGCCAUUGCGCACCGGUACGGAUAGACAGAGAACGGGGGAGUGCGAGAACGAAAACUGCAUAGCCGAGGUGACACAAGAUGCAGACGAUAAAGUGCGUCGUGGUGGGCGACGGUGCCGUCGGUAAAACCUGCCUGCUGAUCUCCUACACGACAAAUAAGUUUCCGUCGGAGUACGUUCCGACCGUGUUCGACAACUAUGCAGUCACGGUGAUGAUCGGUGGCGAACCGUACACCCUGGGCCUGUUUGAUACUGCCGGUCAGGAGGAUUACGACAGGCUGAGGCCCCUGUCCUACCCGCAGACGGACGUCUUUUUGGUGUGUUUCUCCGUAGUCAGCCCAAGUUCGUUUGAGAAUGUCAAAGAGAAGUGGGUUCCGGAGAUAACGCACCACUGUCAGAAGACGCCGUUUCUGCUAGUCGGCACCCAGAUCGAUUUGCGGGACGAACAAAGCACACUGGAGAAGCUGGCCAAAAACAAACAGAAGCCGAUCACACUCGAGCAGGGCGAGAAGCUGGCCAAGGAACUGAAGGCGGUCAAGUAUGUGGAGUGCUCAGCGCUGACGCAGAAAGGACUUAAGAACGUAUUCGAUGAAGCAAUCCUAGCCGCGUUGGAACCCCCGGAGCCAGCGAAAAAAAGGAAGUGCAAGUUUCUGUAAGCUCUUCCGAGUUUGUGUUGUUUUUUAAAAGUGUCGUCAGCAGCAAACAAACAAAAAAAAAAACAAAUGGUUUAAAAACGGUAACAAAAUAAGAAAAAAUCUAACCAAUGUUAUACAAACAUAACAACAACGGAGGGUGUAGCAUUGUUUUGAUGAGACAAGCAAACCUUUCCAGAAAAGUCGAAAAAUGAGUAAAAAAAAUUGGUACUAAUACUAACACUUUGUUUAAGACCUUUAUCUAUGUACUAGAGCGGAAGGAUUGAAUUACAAUUGUAUUAAAGAACUAGAACAAGCCAACCGUUUUACGAAAAUAACAAAAAUCAACCAUCCUUUAGUGAACGAGAAAAGCAAAACUCACAAACACAAAGUAAAGAUACAAAAGCAAACAUACAAUUAUUAAGUGGUCUAAACCAGAAGAUUUCUGGCAGGGGCAGGCAUAACACAGUAAAAUAAAAUGUUGCUACCUUUUUCAACUGAGAACAAAGGUAAACUUGAAACUACCUACAAGAAGAGGAAAUUUAUACAGCUUUUUACAAAAAAAAAUGAAAUUAUUAACAAUUUAUACUACAACUAGGGAACGAUCGUUCGAGCUUUCGACUGAUAGGCAGGAGCAGUUGCAAACCGCUCGCCAGAGAAGUUUAUGGAAGGGAUUGAGUGCUAAAAAAGUUUAUAAGCUGAGAAGAGGGCUGAACAGUCAGUCAGUCUGGCAAAUCCUAACCAAUCACACACACACACAUAAACCAACAAAAGUAAACACACACGCUCCCACUAGUUUGGGGGGCCCUUCGUAUUAGUAUUUGCGUCGUGCUACGAAAAUUGCAGGCAGGGGUUAGUAGCGAGGCAAGAAAAAUAAGCAAAAAAACAAAACCAACAACCCUUGUGUGUCAGUUUUUUGCGCAGUUAGGUUUUUUAUUGAAAUUAAACAUAAUAUAUUAAACUCUAAAACAAAAGCGGUAACAGAUAUAAUUGCUAGGAAUCGCAAAUAAUAAACAAUAUUGUAUGCAAGUAUCUAUCAAAAAGAACGAAACAAAAAAUCUGCAUGCAUGAAACUGAAAAUUCCCCCGAAUCAACGUUAUGUUCCAGUUUUUUUAAGUUGUCAACAUUUUCCAUUGUGCAUUUGUCAAUCACAUUCACAACACCGUUGGCGUUGGUUUCAAUUUGUGUUUUCUGCAUUUUACCAUUGAACUAUUGUACUGUGCACACAUACACACAACCAACCAUCCUGUGCUGAAGAACGAAACGAUUUCAAACAAAUCUUUAAGCAUUAAUUCUUCCUCUAUCACUAAUCCGUUUCCUUUUUCUUCUUCUUUCGCGUAUUUCCAUCGUUGAGAUACUGUACUGUUAGGAAGAAUAGAUUUAUAUUUAAUAAUUAUAUAAAAUAAUACUAAAAAGCGACAUUUUCGUAUUGCUAAAGUGUUUUGUUUUUUCCAUUAGUUUUUUUUUCAACACAAGAAAAACACCUAAGUGUAUGCAAUUCCAAUGUAGAGAGCGAAGUAACGGCAGAAAAAAACUAAGUUUUCUAGUUCCGUAAGUUCUGUAAACAAACAAAAAGUAAAAAGCAACAAUAGAGACAAGAUUUUGCCUAAUCUUGUAGGAUAACAAAAAAAAACAUCAGCGCUAAUAUAUAUUUCGUAUAUAUUUUAUUUUAAAUAAAUAAAAUCAUUAUCUU